UAAGAAUUGAUUUCGUUGAAACAUGAUUCCGAAUUUUAGUCAUGAUGUAAACAUGGCAUGGAGAGCAAAUGCCCACGUUAGAAAAGUGAUUGCUUGGAAAUAAGCGCUCCACUGGACUGACGAGUCAUCAUCCAUGUCAUCAUGGGAGUGCAAGGUUUAUGGAAGCUCUUGGAGUCGACAGGACGACCCGUUACUUUGGAAUCACUGGAAGGAAAAAUACUUGCAGUCGAUGUAAGUCUUUGGUUACAUCAAGCAAUGCGCGGUAUGAGAGAUGAAGGUGGUAACGUCAAAGCCAACGCUCAUCUUCACGUCCUCUUCAACCGCAUCUGUAAACUGCUCUUCUAUCGCAUCCGACCGAUCUUCGUAUUUGAUGGCAGCGUACCUGAACUCAAGAGGCAGACAAUGGUUGCCCGGAGACAAAGACGUGAGAUUGCUGCUGGAAAAUCCAAGAAAACAUCCGAGAAGCUGAUUAAGAACUACCUUCAAAGUCACGCCCUUCAUGCCGUCUUGGGAGAGGCUGGAGGAAGUGGUCAAAAGAAGACGGCUCCUGUACUGAAGAAGAUCGUCUCCACUGAGCCAAAUAUGUAUGAGUUGCCGUUCAUCCCUCCUGUUGUAUUGAAUGAGAGUGAAUCUGAUUCUGACGCUGAGGUGGAUCCAUGGGUCGAUAGUCAUCACCAUCAGAAUCUUCAAGACGUCGACAUCGACUCGGAUGACUUCAAAGCCUUACCUCCAGAGUUGCAACAUGAGAUGAUCAUCGAAAUGAAAGAGACUCGGAAAAGAAACUCAUGGGAGAUGAUCCAAAGCUUACCAGCGCAUUCUGAGGAAUUCUCAGACUAUCAGUUGAAGAAGCUGCUCCAGAAAGGAAAGAUGACACAACGUCUUGACACACUCCGUAAGGAGAUGAGCGAACGCAAUGCCGGAGAGAUUGCAUCCAUGCUUGAUCUAGAGAGUGGAGGAUCUAAAGAGGUGGAGGCGGGACGCAUCAUUUCUGAAGACGCUCAGCAUUAUCUUCUCGUUAAGAGACAAUCCAAGAUGGAGGACUUGACUGGAGAUGAGGAUGCUAGCGAUCGGGAGGAUGAUUCUAAACCAGUUGCGGCCGUACGGGCCUUUCCACCAGAUGAUUUCAAUGUCAGAGGUCAUAUCCAAUCAGAUGAUGUCAAAGGUCAGGAGAACUCAUCUCAGAAGUCACAGGAGCAAGAAGUUGUUAAUGCUUCCGAUUCAAAACCUGAUGAGGAACAUGCAAAUCGAGAAACAGAAAUCGCACAAGUUGUAAAGAAUUUCUUCAGUGCAGUGCCGACAACAAGCUCAGCUACUUUAGUGCAGAUGAAAAAAGUUGAGACAGUUUCACCAGAUGUUAUUGUUUUAGAUCAUGAAGACAUUGUAGGUCACAUGUCAAGUGAUGGACAAAAUAUAAGUCAAAGGUCAAGUAAAGAGGAAGUGGUCGUACUUGACACUCCUCAAAAAUCAUUAAGAAAAGAUGAGAUAUGUUUCCAUGGUGAUGAUGAAGUCAUCAUUUUAGUUGACGAACUUGGCGAAUCAAAACCAAGUUUAACUUGUGACCCAACAGCAAGCUCAACCAAUCAGAGUGGACUUUCAUUGAAUUUAAAUACUGCUGGGAAGUUGGGAUCAACUGAAGUCGAUAGGUCUCUUGCACCUCAGGCGGUGACAAAAGUGUUGCAGCCUGCAUCAUCAGUUGUUAUAUCUGUCGAGGACCAAGAUGUGAGCGACAACCUAAGAGCUUCUUCCAGCAAAGAAACAAUCACGAAAGACACUUCCUCAGAGAUGGAUGCAAAGAGAAAGAACGUAGAAGAUGAAGGAAUGCUGGACUCAUGGAGUGAUGAUGAUGACUUCAUUGAGAUCACUCUUGAUCAAGUCAGCCAUAGACAAGAAGAUGAACUAUUUCCAGCGAGCGUAUUCAUACCAUCAGCCGAUAUGAGUAAAGAAGCACGAGCCACAUCACCUAAAGUAGAUAUCAAUCCACUGGAAUCAAGGAAUGACGAUGACAUUGUUGCCAUGGAUACUGAAGUACCAAUAGAUGAGAAUGAGGAGAGAGAGGUUCACCAAGAAGAAGAUGAUGAAGAAGACAACGAUGUAGAUGAGAUGGAUCAAGACAUCUUAGAGGAUGAUGAGGAGAUACACGAGGAGGAGGAUGAGGGGCAAGAUGACAUCCAGAUGGAGAUGCAACGAGAUGCUGCUAGACAAGAGUGGGAAGCCAUGAAUGUUAACGAGGUGUCAAAUCUUGAGGGAAACUUGGAGAAUCAGCGUGCCGUACUUCAAACAGAGAGAGGCAAGCAAGAAAGAGUUGCGGCUACUGUGACAGAUCUGAUGUAUUCAGAGAGCAAGGAGUUACUUGAACUGUUUGGAAUUCCAUACAUCAACAGUCCACAGGAAGCUGAGGCUCAGUGUGCAUUUUUAGACUUGACUGACCAGACGUCUGGAACGAUAACGGAUGAUAGCGAUGUCUGGCUGUUUGGAGGAAGGGUCGUCUACAGAAACUUCUUCUCGAAAGGGAAGGAUGUGGAAUGUUUUAAGGAUGUUAAUGUGGAGAAACAGAUGUUGUUGGAUCGAUCAAAGUUGGUUACGCUAGCAAUGCUUCUUGGCAGCGAUUACACUGACGGGGUAUCGGGAAUCGGCUGGGUCACAGCAAUGGAGCUACUGACGGAGUUUCCUGGGGAAGGAAUACACUUGCUCAAAUCUUUCAAAUCAUGGUGGGACGUCGCUCACAAACAGCUGAUGCCUCCUGUAGAAUCUCAACUCAAAGGCAAGCUUCGGAAGUUAACCUUAUCAUCGGGGUUUCCAUGCCAACGAGUCAUUGAUGCUUAUUGGAAUCCUGUCAUUGAUGAAUCUACUGAGACGUUCACCUGGGACUCUCCAGAUUUGGGUCUCCUCAGAGAUUUUGCGAGAGAUAAACUCGGCUGGACACGAAGCAAGGCUGAUGAGACUUUACUCCCAGUAAUAAAACGGCUAAAUGAGAAAAAGAUCCAGAGUAAAAUCAGCUCAUUCUUUCACCUAGAGACACAACCUCGUCAGGUAACUAGCAAGCGACUUAAAAGAGUCUUGAAUCGUCUCCGAAAUCCACAGCAAGCCAAGAAGGAGGAAGAGGAGAAAAUAAAGGAAGGUGGAAAAAAAUUGGGCCGGGUGAGAAAGACAGAGACGGUUGAUAAGGAGAUUACAUCAAAGAAGAGGAAACAAUCGUCUAAAGUUAGAAACAGUAAACAAUUCUCAACAAAAGAUAACAAUGGAGAUGUUAAUGAUGACGUUUCCAUGGAAACCACUGAAGAACGAAACGAGAAUGUGGAGAGGAAAAGGAAAGGUCGAAGGAGAAACUUAAUGGUAAAGACUGAAGAAGAUGAUGAAGCGAAGUCUGCUAGUGAUACCCAGUCCUCUGAAGAUGAGUAUGUCUUACCUAAAAAAGCUAAGAUCGUCUUGGAGGAUUCUGGUUCUACUGACGCUGGAAGACACCGAAGAACGAGACGUAAGAAGGAGGUGGUUGAUUACAAGGAGGAAAAAGAAGCCUCAGAAGAGUUUCUUGAAAUAGGCGAGGCUAUGUCUCAGAAAACUGAAGGAGUUAUUGGAUAUAAAUCACAAAGGAAGAACACAAAGAAACUCGGCACAAAUGGAACAUCUACUUUCGUUGUGCGAACUGAAAACCAAUGUGGACAAUUUGAAACUGAAAGCUGUUCUACAACAUCUAAUUUGAGAAGUGAUAGUACUAUUUUAAAAUCUAAGCAAGGUGAAGUAACUUUGCAUUCAAGUCAAGUAAAGAAGGCUAAGGGUAGACAAGUGAAAGGUCAGAGGGGAAAGGGUAAAGGUCAUUCUGGCCAGAAAGGAAUAGGAAAGGUUGUUAGUUUGAAGGGUGGUCGAACAAAGGUUGGGCCAAAGUUGUCUGAGAGUAGUAGCAGUGAUUCAGACUAAGCAUAAGCAUGGAUAAAAUCUGCUAAGAACCAGCACCAAAUUUCAUGAAACUGCUUAAUAUAAGCACAUAGAGAAACUCACUACAAUGUAUUAUGCUUACCAGAAUAAGGUUAACAGCCAAUUACUACCAUAUGUCACGGGUAGAAUUUUUGACUGGUAUCCUGCUCAUUUCUGCGAAGCAGAAAACUUUUAAGCAAUAUUUUCUGCAUAAGCAGCUCUAUGAAAUUUAACCCAGGGCCAAAUUUCAUAGAGCUCCUUGAGCAUGAAAAGAAGCUCAACAUAACAAAAAUAUGCUUACCACCAGAAAAAAAAAUUACCUGGCAAUUACUACCAUGUCAUGUGUCAAAGAACCCAGUGCACUUAUAGAAAAGAGAAGGGGUUCGCCCCGGUGUUCCUGGCUGGAUUGGCAGCAUAUUG